AUGAAAACUACGAAAGCGACACUACAGCGUCAUCUUAACCAAUUCCUUCGACAAUAUCGCAAAGCAGCACAUUUCACCACAGGACAGUCCCCAGCUCAAUUGUUCUUAGGUCGAGACCUUCGCACUCGCCUCAAUCUAACGAGACCUGAUGAUAUAUCAGCGAAAGUGUUAGAAAAACAACGAGCUGAGAUGCAAUUCACUUUUCGCACCAUGGAAGAUGGACAAAGAGUGUAUUUCCUAUCUGGAAACCAGAAGCUCGACAAAUGGCUCCAUGGGACAAUUUCUAAACGACUAGGUGAUCUCCACUAUGAAAUCAACUAUCAAGAUAAACAAAUAAGACGUCAUAUAGACCAAAUAAGAACAUUUCAAGGACAAAUAGAGGUACCAACGUAUGAUCGUCAACGCCAUAUUCGUUAUUAUAAAGAAACACCAACUGCACCAGCUGCCAGAACAUCAAUUCGUGAACCAGAACCUCCAGUGAUACCAGGGAAUACACCUCACACUCCAAGGAUACCACGAAGAUCAAAUCGAGUAAUUCGUUUACCGAUGAGAUAUUCACCAAAUUGA